AUGCCUCCAACGGAGACCGCAGUAGAAGGCAUGCUGUGUCUGUCGCGCCACGACAACUGCCCAUGGCACGAGGCCCUGAAGUCCGCCGACGUCAACUGGACCGGCCUGCGGUACGCCUGCCUCAAGAUACUGCACCUGUACUGCAAGGUCUUCGAGAAGGAGGACAUUUUGGAGUUGAUCAUUAGGACGGUUCUCACCGCCCCAGCCACCGAC